GCAACGGUAGCUCUUCUCCACACGUUCGUCCAUCGCGCUCACAGCUGCACGUAUACUACUGUAUUAUGAUUGCUUGUCUGACCUUAACAAUUAAUUUUCCUGCUGCAUGCAUGUGUGUUAGUGCUGGCAGUUUGUUGCUUAUAUAUGAAGACCGUCAUCGAUCCAUGGUCGGGCUUGUGCUUGAGCCUGCGUGCUAGCUGCCGGCGGGCAGGUGUUCCUUACCGGUACGCCAGGCUAAGUAAUCUCAUCUGCAGAACAUGCUCUCGCCUCUCGCUCUACUGUUGGUUGAUCGUCUCGCCCGUUGUGUUGGAGACGUCUUCUCCACGUUUAGUCCAUCUCUCUGCAGGUGAGCACUGAGCACCAUAUGUAUCUAUGGAUCUAGCUAUAUAUAUAGCAGUAUGUAGCUGCGGAGAGGCCGGAGGCGGGAGCCCACAGUCACAGACAGGUGCGUAUGUGGGCGGAACGAUGAAGAGGCGCUCUUCGGGGCGCCGCUGCGACAGGGCCUGGGGCCGGCGGCGCGCCGAUGCCCCAUCGCUUGCUCCGGCGGACGGCAGCGCAGCGGUGACCGGGUGGCUUCAGUUUUAUGCCGGCCGGCUCCGCCAGUGUCUAGCAUGCAGUAGCUAAUUUGAUUAUAUAUAUGCCAAUCCUAUUUCUCUAAAAUAUAGCAAUACUGUGAAUAAUAAAAUAUACAUAUCCGCUGCAGGCAGCCAAGCAAAGAUCUUUGGGACAGGUAUAUAGCUAAGAUCUUUGGCGCUUGCUAGAAUUUUCGGAAUAGCCAGCUGGCUCGGGCAUCUCCUUGCCAAGAUCUUUGGGACAGGUGACCACCAGUUGCAUGGGUGAAUCCCAGACGACGACCACAUCUGAUGAGACAUACACAACGUCGUCGUCUUUGUCAUCAUUCUACCUGACAGUUGAGAAGACGACGACCACAACUGAUCAGAUGUACACAGCGCCACCGUCUUUACCAUCAUUGUACCUUACACCCAAGGAGACGCUGAACAAUGGUGUCAUUUCGAUAAGCAACUACAACACUGAUGAAGCACCUUCGCCGCAACCUGUAUCGUUGGUAUCUGAUGAGAUAGACAUUUCUGAAUCAUCACCUCCGCCAUCUCCGUCGCCACAUACAGUGGAUGAGAUGGACAACUCUGAGGAGUCACCUUCACCUUUGUCUCACACCAUAGAACUCCAAAUGUUUGAGGUACCAACCACCUCAGGCAAUAAUGAGGAGGACGAGGAGGAUGACGAUUCUUUUAGAGAAUGGGAGAGUGAUUAAAUGUUUUCAUCAGUUAACAACACCUCAAUUGUAGAUAGGCAUCAGCGAUAUGAUGUAAUAUAGGUGGAGACAUGUUUGUCGUAUGGAUUUGUUUGAAAUGGUAAGACAUGUUUGAUGCGUAUACUUCUAGCC